GAGGAGCCAGGCCCCGCCCCGUCCAGCUGAGCCCGGGCAAGGGCGGCGGAGGCGGCGAUGUGGCUGAAGCCCGAGGAGGUGCUGCUGAAGAGCGCCCUGCGGCUCUGGGUGCAGGAGCGAUGCAACCGCUUCUUCGUGCUGCAGCGGCGCCGAGGCUACGGCCAGGAGGGCGGCGGAGGAGGCGGGCUGACCGGUCUCCUGGUUGGGACGUUGGACGCCGUCUUGGAUUCCACAUCGAAAGUGGCCCCUUUCCGUAUCCUGCACCAGACUCCAGAUUCCCAGAUUUACUGGUCUAUUGCCUGCGGAACCAGCCGAGAAGAGAUAACGGAGCACUGGGAAUGGUUAGAGCGUAAUGUGAUGGACACGCUCUCCGUCUUCGACUCGAACGAGGACAUCGUAAGCUUUGUGCAUGGGAAAAUUCAAGGCUUAAUUGCUGAGGAGAGUAAAGGGUCUUUAGUAAGAGAAGAAGAUCCAGAGAAGUUCCGGGAAGCCCAUCUGAAGUUUGAGAAGUGUUUUGGGUUGGCUGAACAAGAGAAACUUGUGACUUAUUACUCGUGUAGCUACUGGAGAGGGCGGGUGCCCUGCCAAGGCUGGCUGUAUCUGAGCACCAACUUCCUCAGCUUUUACUCGUUCCUGCUGGGAGCCGAGAUCAAACUCAUCAUAGCCUGGGAUGAGAUUUCCAAACUGGAAAAGACUUCCACGGUGAUCCUGACGGAAAGCAUCCACGUUUGCGCCCAUGGAGAGAACCAUUACUUCUCCAUGUUUUUGCACCUGGGUGAGACUUUCCUCCUCAUGGAACAGCUGGCUCUCUAUGCUGUCCGGAGACUCUUCGACAAGGAGGGCUUUGAAGCUGACCCGGUCCUCUGCGACCCCUUGCAAAUCACUAAGAGGGGACUGGAGAACCGGGCCCACAGCGAGCAGUUCAACGCCUUCUUCAGGCUGCCCAGCGAGGAGACGCUGCGGGAGGUCCACGAGUGUUUCCUGUGGGUGCCGUUCAGCCACUACAACACCCUGGGGAAGAUGUGCCUUUCGGAGAACUACGUCUGCUUUGCCAGUCAAGAUGGCUGCCUGUGCUGUGUCAUCGUCCCCGUGAGAGAGGUCACUUCCGUUGAGGUCGCCGACCACGCCAGCAAGGCCAUCACCAUCGCUACCAAAGGAUCCCGAGCUUUCCGUUUCUCGGAAGUCAGAGAUUUCGAAGCUCUGGUGGUAAAACUCAGGACCAGAUGUAGUGCGGCACCGAGCCCCCAACACAGCGCGAGUGCAGAGGCCAGGUUCAGCCCAGAGCCCACCGCCUGGGAGGACUACGAGGGGCAGCCGAUAGCCAGCCACAAAGGCAGCAGCACCACGGUUAGCACGGAAGCCCUAAUGACCGUCUUUCACCCUCAGGAUGCGGAGAACCUGGAUUCAAAGAUGUUAAAAGAAAAAAUGAAAGAGCAAUCGUGGAACAUCCUUUUCAUUGAGUGCGGACGGGGCGUGAGUAUGUUUCGGACGAGGAAAACCCGGGAUCUGGUGGUCAGAGGAAUCCCAGAAGUCUUAAGAGGAGAACUUUGGCUUCUGUUCUCAGGCGCUGUCAAUGACAUGGCAAGCCAUCCCGGCUAUUACUCGGAGUUGGUGGAAAAAUCUUUUGGGACCUGCACCCUGGAGACAGACGAAAUCGAGCGGGAUCUGCGGCGCUCGCUGCCCGAACAUCCCGCCUUCCAGAGCGACACGGGCAUUUCAGCCCUCCGUAGGGUCCUCACUGCCUACGCCUACAGGAACCCCAAGAUCGGCUAUUGUCAGGCCAUGAAUAUAUUGACGUCGGUGCUGCUCCUUUACGCCAAAGAAGAGGAAGCAUUUUGGCUCCUGGUGGCCGUCUGCGAACGGAUGUUGCCCGAUUAUUUCAACCGCCGAAUUAUCGGCGCCUUGGUCGACCAGGCCGUGUUUGAGGACCUGAUCCGCGAGUACUUACCUCAGCUGACGGACCACAUGACCGACAUGACUUUCUUCUCCUCCGUCUCGCUCUCCUGGUUCCUCACCCUCUUCGUCAGCGUGCUGCCCAUCGAGAGCGCCGUCAACGCGGUCGAUUGCUUUUUCUACGACGGGAUCAAGGCCGUCUUGCAGCUGGGCCUGGCCGUGCUGGACUACAACCUGGAGAAGCUGGUGGCUUGUAAAGACGAUGCGGAAGCGGUCACCGUGCUUAGCAGGUUUUUUGAGAGUGUGACCAACAAGGACAGUCCGCUGCCUCCAGCAGUUCAGCAGGCCUCUGGGAUGAACGAAAGCAAAACUCCUCACCCCAAAGUGGACAUCACGGACCUCAUUCGAGAGUCCAACGAGAAAUAUGGUGAAAUCCGAUUUGAGGAAGUAGAAAGCAUGCGACGUCGCAACAGACUGUACGUCAUCCAAACCUUGGAAACCACCACUAAGCAGAAUGUGCUCCGGGUGGUCUCCCAAGAUGUGAACAUCAGUCAUAGAAACCUGGAAGAACUGUAUGAAUUAUUCAAGAAAGAACAUUUUCUCUCCUGUUACUGGAAGCCGAAUAGUCCAGCCCUUAAGCACCACGAUGCCAGCCUGCCCUACCUGGACCAAUACCGGAUCGACUGCCAGCAAUUCCGAACCUUGUACCACCUCUUGAGUCCAUGGGCCCACUGUGCCAACCGAGACUCCUUGGCCCUGUGGACCUUCCGGCUACUGGAUGAGAAUGUGGACGGAUUGAUCAACUUCAAAGAAUUUGCAUCCAUUUGGGAUGUCCUCUACCAUGGAAGCUUCACCCAUAAGCUGACAAUGCUCUUCAAAUUGCACAUCCCUCCAGCUUUUACCGAAGUAGAAUCUCUCAGCCCUCUGAAAGGGGCUCAACUCUCUAAAGAAGAACUGAUCCAUUUCAGUCAACUAAGCGUCUCUUCUCCUGAAGACAAAGACAACGCGGAUGCCUUGAAGACAAGUCCUGAAAAAGGGAAAGGAAAAGUAGACAUCCAGGCUUACUUGAAACAGUGGCAAGACGAGAUCCUUAAAAAGGAAGAAAGCAUUAAGGAUUUGCCCCGGAUGAACCAGUCCCAAUUCAUCCAGUUCUCCAAGACCUUGUAUAACUUAUUCCACGGCGAUCCAGAAGAAGAGCUCCUCUUCCGCGCUAUCGCUACCGUUACCGGCCUCUUGCUGAGAAUGGAAGAGGUGGGGCGAAAGCUCCAGAGCCCCACUUCGCCAACCCGGAGAAGGGCAUCUCCCAUGGUUGGUCCUACGGCACCACCGGCCUCCCAGACGGAUGACCCAGGAGCCCCGAUCCCCGGCUCCGUCAGCGAAGGCUGGUCGUUCGCUUUUGAGCAGAUCCUGGCCUCCUUGCUGAACGAACCUGCCUUGAAGUUAUGAAUGCUCCAACACUGGAGGUUUUUAAGAAGAGAUUGGAUAACCAUUGGUCUGAAGUGGUGUAAAGUUUCCUGCCUAAGCAGUGGGAUUGGACUAGAAGACCUCCAAUGUCCCUUCCAACUCUCUUAUUAUUCUAAUUCUAAUUUUAAGCUACUUUUAAGAAUCAGCACUUUUAUUUUUCUGCUUUGGAGUGAAAUAGAACCCACGAAGUACCUCCUCCUUUCCUAUGACCAAAUGCUGAAUGUAAUCCAGGAACCAUCAGCCACCGCACGACGUUUCUUAAAAGUAGAUUUUUAUUUUUCUUCCAAAAUAAUAUGUACAAAUCUGCUGGAGGGUCCAAGGACACGAUUUAACAAGGAUUUGAGAGGAUUCCAGUCAAUCCUGGUUUAUCCCUCCUCCCGCUGCCCCCUCCCCCCAAUCUCAGUAAGACACUUGCUUGCCGCUUCUAUUUUUUUUCCUCCAUUUACAAAAUACUUUAUGAAUAGGAAUGUUUUUUUUUUUUAAAAAGUUAUCUAUAUUUGACACCGUACAAAAUAAAUUCAAUAUUUGAUUUUAAACUUUCACUUUUUUCUUUUUCCCUAUUUGUGCUUUCUUCCUUCCUUCCUUCCUUCCUUCCUUCCUUCCUUUCUUUCUUUCUUUCUUUUUUUCCAUUUUCUUUCUUUCUUUCCUUUUUUCCUUCCUUCCUUCUUUCAUCUCCCUCCUUUCCUCUUCUUUCCUUCCUUCCCCUCUUCUUUCUUUCUUUCCUUCCUUCCUUCCUUUUCUUGCCUUCUUUUAUCUCCCGCCUUUCCUCUUCCUUCCUUCCUUCCUUCCCCUUUUCUUUCUUUCUUUCUUUCGUUCAUUCGUUCUUUCCUUCCUUCCUUCCUUCCUUCCUUCCUUUCUUCUUUCCUUCUUUCUUUCCAGCUAGUAUAUAAAGUUAGACUCUGCCUCUGUCAACCCACCAGCCUUUUCAUUUGUAAAUAUGUACAGAAAGUGCCAGGCUGGGGGGGGGGAGGGGAGGGAUGAUUUUUGUGCUUCUACCAUGAACUAAAGAUUCGUCU